UAUUUCGGUCCUGCAUGCUUACCCUUCUUGGUGGGUGCCUGGUUGAUCUUGACAAUUGCGACUUAACCUAUUGAAAAGUGUCAAUAAUCCGUUUUGAAGAAUAUUAUCCAGUUGUUAGAAGCCUAUUUUCACGAUGGAGAACGAAACUUCGACUGCUACUGAAAAGUCAUUCAAAGAAAAGCAGGCGGAAAGAAUGAAACGUUUACGAGAUCUUCACGCUAAGAGAAACGAGGCUAGGCAACAAAAUCAUAAGGAGGUUGUAGAAGAGGACAAGAGAAAUAAACUCCCUUCGAAUUGGGAAUCCCGUAAAAGACAAGCAGAAUGGAUCAUACAAGAUGAAGCUGCAAGGAAAGAAGCUCAAGAAAAAGGAGAAGAUUACGAAAGAACAAAGUUACUUCACAUAGAGGCAACAGAAGCAGAACGUAUAGCAAGGAAGAAAAAAAAUAGAAAAAAUCCUGAUCCAGGCUUUUCAGACUACGAACAAGCAGCUAUACGACAAUACAAUAGGCUGGUGAAAAAUAUCAAACCAAAUAUGGAGUCCUAUGAUGCAGCUAGAGACAAAUUGGGCCCAGCUUUUUAUGGGGACAGAAAUACCAUACUACAUGGAUUGCACGAGGAUAAAAAGGAGGCUGUCGAUAAGAUGGUUGAAGAUUUGGAGAAACAAAUUGCAAAGAGGGAUAAGUAUAGUAGGAGAAGGAUGCACAAUGAUGAUGCCGAUAUUGAUUAUAUCAACGAACGUAAUGCAAAGUUCAACCAGAAAUUAGAGAGAUUCUAUGGAGAAUACACACGGGAAACGAAACUAAACUUGGAAAGGGGUACAGCUAUAUAAUGGGAGAAUGUUACACUAAUGGACUUACUACAAAUAAUUUGUAUUUUAAAUAGUAUUUCAAAGCUCAUACAAAUAGAAGUCAGAAUAGUUAAGUCGUUGACUGUUUAGUAACUAGAAGUGCAAAUGGUAUAUUUUACAGCGCCACGUUUACCAAUUUUCCCAUAUUCGUGUAUCGAAAAAGUCAAAUUAUAUAUCAAAUUAUAUAUUAAUUUCACAUGACAUACGCUAUCGUAAAUAAAAAACAAAUUAAAUAGAAUUAAGAUAAUAAAUUUCUGUGUUCUCCUCUGGC